AUGACCAAUCGAAAUUCAUCUGAUCAAGAAAAUGACAAUCUUGAUCCUACUUUUAUCAUAAAUAAUGAUUCAGCUCGAACAUUAAACCUUCCCUCGUCAACAAUAAAGGCAACAACUCUGGUUCCCAACGAAACUGAGGUCGAUUCGAUAAAAUCAUCAACUUCUUCACGUACAUGCGUUAAUGAUCCUCCUCAACGGAAUAUUAACCCGCAAGAAGGUUUUGAUCAAUCUCAACCGUAUCUAUUUCCCUUGACUCAAGGAAAAAAUUGGAUCGCUUUGAUUUAUUUAAUACUUUGGGAUUUCGCUUAUUCCACAUUUUGUUUUAGUUGGGUGCUAAGUACCUUUAUAGUUGGGAUCGUUUCUUUAAUCAUCCCUCCCUUGGGUUAUUUCCUCCUCCUCUUAUCCAUUUAUUCAUGGAGGAUGCUCGGUAAAUUGGAAUUAUUAAUCUUAAAUUCAAUUUCACCGGCCCUCUCUUCAAACUUCAUCAACCCAUCAACGGAUCACUUACCACCAAGGACUACCCCAAAAAUUACACAACCUCGUGAACCUUCACCAUACGAAAAACCAACCCCUACAUCAUUUUUAUCCGGUUAUGAGAAUUCUUGCGGUUUCUUUGAUUACUUAUUUCGAUUAUUUAAGGAUGAAUUUACUAUACGUUGUCUUGUCUUUACUGAUUUGUUGUGCCCCUUUUUGCCUAAAAGUUGCUAG